AUGGCUCUCUUCAACACAAACCGCCCCUACGAUCCGUCGAAGCACGUCUUCCACUUUAAUCCCUACAAUCGCGUGCAGCCUCCGAAGAAGAAGAGCAAGAGCUCGCGACCGGAGAGCGGACAAGACGCCUUCUUCGUCAGCAGAUUAGGCGACACUGGCGGCGUCGCGCUCGCUGUGGCAGAUGGCGUGGGCGGAUGGAUGGACUCGGGCGUGGACCCCGCAGACUUCUCGCAUGCCUUCUGCGACUACAUGGCCGCCUCCGCAUACGAGAGCAAACCCAGUGCCGGCCCGGAUGGAGAGCAAUCGACGCUGACAGCGCGCCAGCUCAUGCAGAAGGGCUACGAGGCCGUGUGCAACGACCCCGCGAUCGAGGCCGGCGGCUCGACAGCCAUCGUCGGCGUGCUCGAGCCCGAGGGCACGCUGGAGGUGGCGAACCUGGGCGACAGCGGCUUCAUCCACCUGCGCCUGAACGCCGUGCACGGCUACUCGGAGCCGCAGACGCACGCGUUCAACACGCCCUUCCAGCUGUCCGUCGUCCCGCCGUCGAUCCUGCGCCGCAUGGCCGCCUUCGGGGGCACGCAGCUGUCGGACCUGCCGCGCGACGCCGAGGUCUCGCGGCACAGGCUGCGCCACGGCGACGUGCUCGUCUUCGCGUCCGACGGCGUCUGGGACAACCUCUUCAACCAGGACAUCCUGCGCAUCGUGAGCGGCGUCAUGAAGCGCCGCGGCGCGUGGGUCAACGGCAGCGCGGGCAUCGGCGUCGCGCCGGACCUGCGGCCGCUCACGAGCCCCGAGGACGCGCCUCCGUCUGCUGGCGGCGGCGGUGGUGGCCAGACGCUGCAGAGCCUGCUGGCGACGGAGAUCACGCACGCGGCCAAGGCCGCCAGUGUCAACACGAAGCUGGACGGGCCGUUCGCCAAGGAGGUCAAGAAGUACUACCCCAACGAGACGUGGCGUGGCGGCAAGAUAGACGAUAUCUGUGUCAUUGCCGUAGUUGUCUCUGAGUCCAAAGCCGAAGCCCCUAUCAAGGCGAAGCUGUGA